AUGAGGCACGGGGCACGGUGAGUGGCAUGAGUGGGUGGAAGAGGAGGAUGGUGAGGAAAUGGAGAGGAGACGACAGGAGACGACAGGAGAAAUUGUCGCGCGUUUCGGGGAGUGGCCAGAGUGGGGCACUGUGGGAUGUGGCACGACGCUCGCUUCUUUGGGCCCAUGGUCUUGAUUGCUCUCGUCGCUGCCGUCAUCCCUCCCCGAGUUGCUUCGGUGGGACCCCUCUCGCCUCCUCCCCGGCGCAAGCCCUGUCACCGUAUUCUCGGCUCUCUGCUGCACUCUCGCGUGGGCUUCUAACUUUUUCCAGACGAGGGGUGCAAGGGCAAGUCAAUUCGGC